UUAGGCUGUAAUUAGGGGAUCUGGGAGGAGAACUUUCCUGGUGACGCUUUGCUUUUCUUCUGCUCUUGGUGAGAAAGUGCCUCCUUCUUCCCAGGACCAGGACCUCUGCCAUCCAGCGCCACAAAGAGACAUUCUGCACACACACACACACACACACACACACUCGCCCAGAGACAAACUUAAGGUGAGGAGAAAGAGCGCUAGCUUCACUUGAUCUCCAGCUUCCAACUUAAGCAGGACUUGAGAGCAUCUGAAUUUCUGGAUUUCAGGACAAGUGGAGAAGAUUCUUUGGGCUAUAAAGAUGAAGAGUCUACUUCUUCUGGUGCUGAUUUCAAUCUGCUGGGCUGAUCACCAUUCAGACAACCAUACUCUGGACCAUGACAGAGUUAUUCACAUCCAAGCAGAAAAUGGCCCCCGUCUACUCGUGGAAGCAGAACAAGCCAAGGUAUUCUCACACAGAGGUGGCAAUGUUACACUGCCAUGUAAAUUUUAUCGAGACCCUACAGCCUUUGGCUCAGGAAUCCACAAAAUCCGAAUCAAGUGGACCAAGCUAACUUCGGAUUACCUCAAGGAAGUGGAUGUUUUUGUUUCCAUGGGAUACCACAAGAAAACCUAUGGAGGCUACCAGGGGAGAGUGUUUCUGAAGGAAGGCAGUGAUAACGAUGCUUCUCUGGUAAUCACAGACCUCACCCUGGAAGAUUACGGGAGAUACAAGUGUGAGGUGAUUGAAGGAUUAGAAGAUGAUACUGUUGUGGUAGCAUUAGACUUACAAGGUGUGGUAUUCCCUUACUUUCCGCGGCUGGGGCGCUACAAUCUCAAUUUUCACGAGGCACAGCAGGCCUGUCUGGACCAGGACGCUGUGAUCGCCUCCUUUGACCAGCUGUAUGACGCCUGGCGGGGCGGGCUGGACUGGUGCAACGCCGGCUGGCUCAGCGAUGGCUCUGUGCAAUAUCCCAUCACAAAGCCCAGAGAGCCCUGCGGGGGCCAGAACACAGUGCCCGGCGUCAGGAACUACGGGUUUUGGGAUAAAGAGAAAAGCAGAUAUGAUGUCUUCUGUUUUACAUCCAACUUCAAUGGCCGUUUUUACUAUCUGAUCCACCCCACCAAACUGACCUACGAUGAAGCGGUGCAAGCUUGUCUCAACGAUGGUGCUCAGAUCGCAAAAGUGGGCCAGAUAUUUGCUGCCUGGAAACUGCUGGGAUAUGACCGCUGCGAUGCAGGCUGGUUGGCGGACGGCAGCGUCCGCUACCCCAUCUCCAGGCCCCGAAGACGCUGCAGCCCUACAGAGGCUGCGGUGCGCUUCGUGGGUUUCCCAGAUAAAAAGCAUAAGCUGUAUGGUGUCUAUUGCUUCCGAGCAUACAACUGAGUGUGCCCCUAGAGCGCAAGUCAGUUUUAAAGUCAUUAAGAACAUGUGAAAGGUUUUGUUUUCAAUAUGAACUCAUGCAAGUUACCAAAACUGUGAUAACCCUUUUUUACUUACUGUAAAGAGUCAUUUUUCAUAAAGAUCAAUUCAUUAAUUUGUUUUUGUAAAGCUAUCAUUCGAUAUAUAUUAUAAAUUAAUAUAAUUUUAAGGGAAGCUCUACGUAAGAAGGCUUUAGAGCUAAACCGUUUAAGCUAUAUCAUCCCAACAAAGUAUCCUUUCCUGAACGGGGCAUGCAAUAGCUUGAGGAUUGCUAGGAUUCAAUUGAGGAAAGUAAAGCUACUCAGAGCAGCAGCUUUCACAAGCACAAAUUUUACACCUUUGUACAAUUUUGAAAUGCACUACAAUAAACAAAUUAAAAACAGUGGAUUUGAAAUACAGGCUUCUUUACAUAAACUGAGAAGUUGUACAAAACUCAGUUUCACAAGGGAACAAUCUACACUUUUCUAAAAGUUCAUAUUUCAAGCCUCCAAUAAACAGAAUAUUUUACUCUUUAAAAUCCUGCCUUUUUGA